AUGUCAAUAUAUUUAUAUUCAAACUUUCUAAAUUUCAAAGAAAUAUCAUUUAAUUUUUUAUUAAUUUUAUCAUCUAUCAUAUUAAUUUUAUUAAUCUUAAUAAUUAAAUCUAUUCACCCUAUUGAAAUAAUAAUUUAUUUAAUUAUAUUUUCUAUUAUUAUAUGUUUAAAAACUAGAUUAUUAUAUAAAAAUUUUUGAUUCUCUUAUAUACUUUUUCUUACAAUAAUUGGUGGAAUUUUAGUAUUAUUUUUAUACUUUGUAAGAACAGCAUCAAAUGAGAAAUAUCAAUUAAAUGAUAAUCUUAACAUUAAAUUUUUAACAAUUAUAAUCUCAAUCUCUUUUAUUUUAAUAUUUAUUAUAUAUGUAUUUGAUUAUUUUUCAAUUAACAUAAUUGAGCUCAAUAUAAAUCAUAAUUUAAUUAUUAAAAUAAAUAAUUGAUCUAAUAGCAAUAGAUACAAUAUACAUCAAAUAUUUAAUAAUAACUAUAAAGUUACUUUAAUAACAAUAAUUUAUUUAUUAUUUACAUUAUUUUCUGUAAUAAAAAUAUGUAUAAAAAUAUACGGCCCAUUACGUCAACACAUUUA